GCAAAAAUCGGAGCCUUCAGUUUGGCCAGUAAGUAUAGUCUGCUCCUGUCAGUGCUACCUACGUAUAUGUGUGUUUUAUGCAUCAAAAUUGGCGUCUUUUAAUUCGUUUGUUGUGAUCAAGUGCCGUUGACCUUUACCUUAAUCGUUCAUCAACUUGGAAACAUUUCAGUCAGCAGAUAUAGGGGAGCUGAAGGGAGUUAUAGCUCAAAAACGUAACCUCAAACAACAAAAGGGGGCAGAGUUUUGGCGGCAAAGGAUAUGACAAAGGUUGGCUGAAAUCCGUCCAGAACUCCGAGAAGCAACAUCGCCGCUACCGACGUUCGUCAGGAGGAAACGAAAAAGCUCAUCAUUGUUUCCCAUGAGUUGACAUCAUGUUUUUAAAGAACAUUCAAUCUGAAUUUUACGACGUGGUGAAUGGAAAACAAUGCCUUAUACUUGUUAACUUUGACGUCGAUGCCAUCUGUGCAUCUAAAAUACUGCAAACCUUGUUCAAAAAUGAUAAUGUUGUGUAUACCCUUGUUCCUGUUCAUGGAGUCAGUGAUAUGAUUAAAGCAUUCAAGGAUAACUCAGAAGAGAUAGAGUAUGUUAUAAUGAUCAACUGUGGUGGAACGCUAGAUAUUGUGGAUAUACUCAAGCCCGAAGAAAAUGUGAUAUUUUUUAUACUUGAUAGUCACAGGCCGUUUGACUUGUGCAAUGUUUAUAAUGAGAAACAAGUACUUAUCAUUGCAGAUGAAGCAGCAGAAGAAGAUAUUCCAAACUACGAAGACGUCUUUAAUGAUGAAUCCUCUGAUGAAGAAGCAGAAGAGGAAGAAAAUGGCUCUGAUGAAGAAAACGAAUCUCGUCAAGCCAAGAAACGACGACUAAUGGAAAAUAAAAUCUUGAAAAAACGAAAUUUGAGAGAAUGGGAGGAAAAGAGAGAUACCAUUAUGUUUAAUUACACACAAUACAGCUAUUAUGGAAAAUCCACUGCCGUUAUCGUUUAUGAAAUGGCGUGGCAAAUGUCAAGAGAUAAUUUAGAUAUGGUGUGGUGGGCAAUCGUUGGGUCCACCGAGCAAGCUAUUUUGAACAAAGUAGAGUCCAGCACAAGUGUAUUAGAAUCCGGUACUUUGCAGGGACAUGUGUCGCGACUAAGUCAUACCAGGGGAGGCGAUGCAGACCGGCAACAGCUGAGUGCUGUUAAGGUUUCAUACGAGAAAGAUCUUCAACUAGCCUUGUAUCGUCAUUGGACUGUAGAAGAUAGUUUAAAGCACUCAAUGAUGACAGCUGUUACCAUGCGCCUUUGGUCUAUCAAAGGAGAUCAGAAAUUAAAAAAACUUUUAGCCGAUAUGGGUCUUCCUCUCAUUCAAGCUAAGCAAAAGUUUUCAGCGAUGGAUCUCAGUUAUAGGAAUGAAUUUAAGGGUAUGUUAGAAAAGUUGGCGGAGAAGUAUAAUUUAGAAAAGGUGGUGUGUGCUAGUUUUUCAAUACACCAUGGAUAUCGUUUUAAAUAUUGUGCUUCCGAUAUUGUUUAUGCAAUGUUAGCCAUAUUAGAGUCGACGUCAAAGGAUAGACCACCUGAAAAAUGCUUUUUAGAAGCCUCCGACUGUCUUGUUCGUACCAACAAAGAUAUUCUCGACAAAGGUAUAGAAAAAGCCAAAACUAUGCUUGUCAGCAUUUUUAAAACCGCUCAAGGCACAUUAGAGCUCAAACAAGUUGUCAACGCCGGUACGUUUCUAUAUAUCCUAUUGUCAGAAGGUAUUCUGCAUUUUCAUCUGUUUUCCCAUCCUCACGCGCUUCUCAUGUUGGCUAACUUUACAUUAAGAGCAUACGUUGAUUCUUCUAAAAAUAGAAAGGUACACACUUUGCCUUUGGUCGCUUCCUCGAUAAUAAGCGUCGAAAAGGGCACGUGUCUUAUUGUUGGUAUACCGCCUGUGAUUGAAGAGCAACCCAGAAGUUUGUUUGGUCGUGCCUUUGAACAAGCAGCUAAAAACACCAAUGCGUCAAUAGAAGCGGACUAUUUCGACACCACAAUUGCAAGACUGAAAACUGAAGACAGGCCCAAGUUCUUAGAUGCCUUAGCAACGUUAUUAAGUUAGUAAAGAAUUUCAAGAGAACAAGUUACUAUAACAAUUAUAUAUUUUACAUUUGAAUGAUACCGAGUCAACGGAUUUGAUACUCUGUGCAACAUGUUUUUUAAUUUCAAUGACACAAAUGACAUGAAUGUAAGUCUCACUGUUUGUGUUUCGAUGUAAUCUAGUGCGUACAAUUAUUUAAAAAAAUAACUUGGGACUGUAAAAUAUUUUUAGUGACUUCUGAUAUCAAAAUGCCGUAGUGGCAAAAAUGAUAGGUUAACACUAAAUAUUGAUAAUUUCAACCUUGCGACUUAAUGAAAUUGAUUUAGUUUUAAUGUUGUAUAUAUUUAUUUUAGCAGAAAAAUCGUACAUGCAAACGAGUGUGUCGCAAUUUUUUUGUGUGCUUGCUUUCUGAGCAUUAGUUGGAAUAAAAAUCAAAUUAUACACUAUUUGUGUGAGUUUGUAUUUCUUCACUACUUCAUUAAAAAUCGUAGGUAC